AUGAGGAUGGACGAGACAACUACCAUCACGGCUCUUGGGGACGGAAAACACUACAAAUUCCUGGGGGUGCUAGAGAACGUUCGACAGGAUGAACGGCUGGCCCUAGCGUGCGCGGCUAAAGAGUAUCUACGCAGGAUAUCUAUCAUAUGGUCCAGCCCCCUGUCUGAUUGUAACCGUGUACAGGCAACUAAUCAGUAUGCACUCUCGGUCCUGCGGUACUCAAUGUGGACACAGCAUUGGCCUCUGUCAGAGUUAAGAGAUGUGGACAGAGCAGCUCGGAAGAUCAUAGUUGAGAACGGUGGCAAGCACCCAGCUAACCUAACUUCUUUGUUAUAUCUACCGAGGGAGAAAGGGGGUAGAGGCCUGCGAUCAGUCGAACACCAGUACAAGAUCACUAAAAUCAAAUCGCUACUGAAAUUGUAUCAGAAAUCGGACCAGACUUUGGAAGCAGUUAGAGAAUUUGAAGAACACGCCAUGGCAUCAGGCCACCAUCGCUUGUAAAGGAAGCAGCUAAGUACGCUGAAGUAUUCAACAUCACACUUCAGCUUGAUACCCUAAAUCCCGUGUGUGUUACAACAGAAGGAAAGGUGGUGACUGCAGCAAAAGCUGGGAAUCUGUUGAAGCAGUCUCAAGGGAAGCAGUUCUUGGAGAUCGUUAAAGACAAAAAGUGGCAAGGAAAGUUAUUCCGUAUCAGAUGGGAAGAUGAGAGCCUAAGCAUAACCAGCUGCUUUGCAUGGUUACAAGGUUGGUCUACAUGCCCUACAUAUACCAUCGCGGGCAUGUAUGAACUGUAUGAGCAGUUGUUACCUACGAAGCUCUACACAAAGGAGAAGACGAAAACCUCCACCGACGGCGAAGUCCUAUGCAGGUUAUGUGGGAAGGUAGCUGAGAGCGUUGCACAUGUGUUGGCUGGAUGUUCCUCCCUGGCUCAAACCAAGUACCUAUACAGGCAUAAUGCAGCUUUGAAGAUUCUGUUUUUUGAGCUCCUGCGAGGGCAUGGGUUAAUAGAAGAGGUACCACCAUGGUACUCACCGGUGAAGCCAAAACCAGCCUACCAGAACACCACGAGUGAGGCGUUUUGGGAUAUUCCCUUUUAUGCAGAGCACAACGAAGUUAGAGCAAAUAGGAUCGACGCGCGACUUGUCAGCCACGAGAGGAAAGAAGUCUGCACAAUUGAAAUAAGCUGCCCAUGGAUUGAGAGUAGAGCUAAGAAAGAUGAGGAAAAGACACUCAAGUAUGGGCCCAUGAUGUGGGAGCUGAAGCAGAGAUACAAUGGUUACAGGGUUGAACAGUACAACGUAAUAAUUGACGUACUGGGUGGUUACUCUAAACACCUAAAG